AAAAAAAAAAAAAAAAACUGAAAAGGGUUUGGAGAUAAGAUGAACUCAAAAGGGGCUCCGAUUAGGGGAUUUGGGCAGCGUUCUCUUUCUUCAUCAUUUGUCUUUCAAUGCUGGAGCGGUUCCAAGGACUCCAAUGGAGGUUUGGAAUGCAAACCGUCGAAGCAGAAGUCACGCAUAUCUUUCUCUGACUUCCUUGAUCGGAAGCUUAAUAAGACUCUCAUGUCGGCUAAGCCAGUUCAGGCAAAACAGAAGCCCUUUUCAUCACUGCUGGGGGACACGGAUUCUGCUGCUCCUUUCAAUGAACCAGUUGGGUCUCUUGAUGAAGCCGUAUUUGAACAGUUCAAGAAUAUUAGAAAAGAUACUAAAGAUUGUGAUGGUUCUAGUCAGGGAGGUGAAACUGAAGAAUCAGCAAGAGCUGAUGAGCAAGAAUCAAGAAAAAGAAAAUGCUCAUUUGAAGGUUCUUAUAAAGGGGUUUUUGAGAUACAUGAUACUCCACGGUCCAUGGUAGUUCUUGGAGAUGAUCCAAAGCCUACCACACAAAAUGGAAGAAGACAAAGGGAGAAGUUUAUUGUGGAGAAGAAGUCGAGAACUACUUUUAAUCACUAUGCAAAUGGAAGGGGGUGGUGGGACUGUGAUAUGGAGGGUAUUGACAGUGAAGAAGUAGGCUGCAGUGAAGUUUGGGAAGGUAUGGGAUCCACCACUUUAGGAGGACUAGAGUGGCACUGACUGUAUUAAUUAUGAUUUCUGCCCACAGUUCUCUUCAAGUUUGUAUUUGUGGGAUUUGACUUCUGGCUAUGGUCUUGUAGUGAUUUUCCCUUAAUAUACUUUUUUUUUUCUUUC